UGGGGCACAGUUUGUCACAACCAGUUUGACAUAAAGGAUGCAGACGUUGUUUGUAGAAUGCUGGGCUAUCCCAAUGCUACCCGGGUUCACAGUGAUGCUCAUUUUGGCCAAGGAACAGGACCCAUCUACAUGGAUGACCUACGCUGUGAUGGGAGCGAGACUAGCCUCUUUGACUGCUCGUACGCAGGGUGGACAAUUCACGACUGUGAUCAUGGCCAAGAUGUAGGCGUGGUCUGUCAAACAGAUUCCAGCAGAAUCCGUCUUGUCGGGGGUUCUAGUCCAAACGAGGGUCGUGUGGAAGUCCGGCCGGCCGACAGUUUCAGAUGGGGAACAGUGUGUCACGGCCAUUUUGACUUGAAGGAUGCAGAAGUUGUUUGCAGAAUGCUCGGCUAUCCCAAUGCCUAUCGAGUUCGUCCUAAUGCCUAUUUUGGCCAAGGAACAGGGCCAAUCUACAUGGACAACCUACAAUGUGACGGGACAGAGAGUAGUCUGUUUAACUGCUCGCACAAGGGAUGGCGGAGUUAUGACUGUGAUCAACCUAAUCGGGAGGACGUCGGCGUUGUCUGCGAUUACAGCAGAGUCCGCCUUGUCGGAGGUUCCAGUUGGAACGAAGGACGUGUGGAAGUCCGGCCGGACGACAGUAUGGACUGGGGCACAGUUUGUCACAACCAGUUUGACAUGGAGGAUGCAGAUGUGGUUUGCAAGAUGCUUGGCUAUCAAAGUGCCCGACAAGUUCAUAACGAUGCGUAUUUUGGCCUAGGACAGGGGCCAAUCUAUAUGGAUAACCUACAAUGUAAUGGGGACGAGAGUAGCCUGUUUAACUGCUCGUACCCAGGAUGGACGAUGCACGAUCCCAGCUGUAGUCAUGACCAAGACGCAGGCUUGGAAUGUACUGAAUCUUUCCUGUUGGUUGCUGAGAGUAGAAACAUAUUCCAAAUUGAAGUCCAGGACUGGUCCAAAGUCACGGUGUCGGAUAUGACGGAUCACUCAUCCAUGGGGGCUUACUGGUCGCUGGACUACGACCCAACGACUGACUUCAUGUACUGGGCAGCUGGAAGAAGCGUCAAACGGGUCCGUCGUGAUGGGAGUAGGAUGCAGACCAUUUUUGAAGCUGAGGGACGCAGUGGGUGA